AUUGUGACUGCAGAGGAACCAAGAAUAUUGAUGCACUCAAAUGAUUGUGGUGACCCAGCUGGUUGCAGCAAGGAUUGGCACACUACAUGGUGGAAUGGUAUGGGCUGUUUUCUUCUCAAUGGUAGGAACCCUCAACCAUAUGGUGAUGCCAUCAAAUGCUUCAAGGACAUGUUGUUUGGCCAUGUCAGUGAGGGCUAUAAAGAUCUCAUGUUCAAAAUUCUUGAUGAGGGUGUAGCAUUCCAUCAUGCAGAACACUUUAUUACCAAGGCCUGCCAAUUUCUAUUAGAGAAACUGGUAUAUGAGCCCUAA